AUGGCGACCAAUUCCGCUUCGUACAAUCCAAUUGGCGAGAAAACAGGUCCCGUCACAGGGCCCCCGCCUCCUCUCUCCAGCGACACCAAGGCUGCUGUCGCGGGUGCCGCAUCGUCCUCUACAACCGGCUCUCAUAUUCCAGGACAAGAUGCAGGAAGCAAGAUUGGGGAGGCUGCUGAAGGUGAGAAGAAGGUAAAGAGCGAGAAAGAGCUGGAAAGGGAUCGCAAGAAGGCAGAGAAGCAAGCCAAAUUCGAUCAGAAGAAGGCUCAAGCCGCCAAUAAAGCUGCCGCGCCUCUUUCGAGCAAGAGUAAAGAGAAGAAAGCAAAGGCUGAGAAGAAAGCGGAGGAGGAUGUUUUGCCGGCAUAUGUUGAAGAUACACCUGCGGGAGAGAAGAAGAUCAUCAAAUCGUUUGACGACCCGCAGUACAAAGCCUACAACCCUACUGCAGUCGAAUCCGCUUGGUAUGCUUGGUGGGAAAAGGAGGGUUUCUUCAAGCCAGAAUUUGCAGAAGAUGGAAAGGUCAAGCCAGAAGGAUCUUUCGUUAUCGUCGAGCCACCUCCAAACGUCACCGGAAAUCUUCACAUGGGACAUGCACUGGGUAACGCGCUGCAGGAUGUUAUGAUUCGGUGGAAUCGAAUGCAGGGCAAAACUACAUUGUGGCUUCCAGGCUGUGACCACGCAGGUAUCUCGACACAAAAUGUUGUCGAGAAUAUGCUAUGGCGGAGGGAGCAGAAGACCCGCCAUGAUCUGGGAAGGCCAAAAUUUGUCGAAACUGUUUGGGAAUGGAAGGAAGAGUAUCACACCAAGAUCAAUACCGUUCUGAGGAGAAUGGGUGGGUCCUUUGACUGGACACGCGAAGCUUUCACAAUGAACAAGGAUUUUGCCGCUGCUGUCACAGAGACUUUUGUUCGGUUACACGAAGAGGGCAUCAUCUAUCGUGCCAAUCGCCUGGUCAACUGGUGUACGAAGCUCAAUACCUCUCUUUCCAACCUUGAGGUUUCCAACAAAGAGUUGACAGGCAGAACUCUGCUCGAUGUACCGGGAUAUGAAAAGAAAGUUGAAUUCGGUGUCAUUGUCCAUUUCAAAUACGCUAUUGAGGGCACGGAUGAACACAUCGAGGUUGCGACGACUCGUAUUGAAACAAUGCUGGGUGAUACAGGCGUUGCUGUUCAUCCUGAAGACGAUAGGUAUAAGCAUCUUGUUGGCAAAAACGCUGUCCACCCUUUUAUUGAGGGGAGACUUAUGCCAAUUGUCGCUGACACAUAUGUUGAGAAAGACUUUGGUACUGGUGCUGUAAAGAUCACACCAGCGCACGAUCCAAAUGAUUUUGAUCUUGGAAAGAGGCACAAUUUGAAGUUCAUCAACAUCUUGACUGACGAUGGGAAGAUGAAUGAGAACGCAGGGUCCUACGUUGGGCAGAAACGAUUCGACGUCCGAUAUACUAUCCAGGAAGAUUUGAAAAAAGCUGGACUUUACGUUGACAAGAAAGACAACCCAAUGAGUGUUCCGCUUUGUGAGAAAUCCAAAGACAUCAUUGAACCACUGUUGAAGCCACAAUGGUGGAUGAACAUGAAGGAUAUGGCAGCGGAUGCUCUCAAUGCUGUUACUUCUGGAGAAAUCAAGAUUAUGCCGGAAUCUUCAGAGAAGAGCUACAUCCGAUGGAUGAGUAAUAUCAACGAUUGGUGUCUAUCUAGACAGUUGUGGUGGGGCCACCAAGCGCCAAUGUAUUUCGCCGAAAUAUACGGUGAGGAUGGCGAUGAAGCUGACGGAAAGUUAUGGUUUGCCGGGAGAACGCAAGAAGACGCAGAAGUCAAAGCUCGCAAAGCACUCCCAGGCAAGAAUUUCAAGCUCAGGAGGGAUGAAGAUGUUCUGGACACCUGGUUCUCCUCCGGACUGUGGCCUUUCGCGACCAUGGGUUGGCCAAAUAAGACUCAUGAUCUUGAGACACUGUUCCCAACCAGUGUCUUGGAGACCGGAUGGGACAUCAUACCCUUCUGGGUAGCCCGCAUGAUUAUGUUCAGUAUAAAACUGACAGGGAAAAUCCCGUUCACCGAGGUAUACUGCCACUCGCUCAUCCGUGAUUCAGACGGCCGCAAGAUGUCGAAAUCGCUGGGAAACGUUAUCGACCCCCAGGACGUUAUUGAGGGUAUUGCUUUGGAAGAUCUGCACAAAAAGCUUUUGGUCGGUAAUUUGGCUCCAGUUGAGGUUCAAAAGGCUACCAAGUACCAAAAGUCCGCUUUCCCUGACGGUAUUCCUCAAUGCGGUACCGACGCGCUUCGUUUUGCCCUUGUUUCCUACACCACUGGUGGUGGAGAUAUUGCAUUCGACAUUAAGGUCAUCCAUGGUUACCGCAAGUUCUGCAACAAGAUUUACCAAGCUACGAAAUUCGUAUUGGGUAAGCUUGAUGCGGAUUUUGUUCCUCAGAAGGUUGGUGGUAGCACUGGCAAGGAAUCUUUGGCUGAAAAAUGGAUUCUUCACAAAUUGACCACAGCCGCGAGGGACGUCAACCAGUCACUGGGAGAACGUGAAUUCAUGCGAUCGACAUCUUACAUCUACCAGUACUGGCUGAACCAGCUUUGCGAUGUCUUUAUUGAGAAUUCCAAAGCAAUCCUCCAAGACGGUACCGCUGAAGAAAAGCGCUCUGCUCAAGAUACUCUGUACACAGCUCUCGAGGGUGGUCUGACCAUGAUCCACCCAUACAUGCCGUUUUUGACUGAGGAAUUAUGGCAAAGACUCCCUCGCCGACCAGAAGACAAGACCCCAUCAAUUGUACUCGCCAAGUACCCUGUUUACGAUGCUAAGCUAGACGAUCCAAAAUCUGAAGAGGCUUAUGAACUUGUUCUCAACAUCUCCAAAGGCAUCCGUUCAUUGAUGGCCGAGUAUUCGCUCAAGGAUGAAGGAAAAGUCUUCGUUGCAACAACCGACGCUACAGCCCAUACCACCGCUUCCGCCCAACAGCAAUCCAUCAAAUCCCUCUCUGGCAAGGGCGUUACCAGCAUCGAAAUCCUCCCAGUAUCAGCCGCCCGUCCAGCCGGCUGUGUUAUCUUCUCCGUCUCCUCGUCUGCUGCUGUCCUGUUACACGUCAAGGGACGCGUCGACAUCGAAGCCGAGAUCACCAAAGCAUCAAAGAAAGCCGAAGCCACGAAGAAGGGAAUCGAGAAGCAGCAAAAGAUUCUGAAUGACGAGGGGUACAAGGAGAAAGUCAGCAAGGAGUUGCAGGAGGUUGAGAAGAAUAAGCUGAGGGAUUUGGAGAGCGAGUUGAAGGGCUUUGAGGAGACGAUUGGUCAGUUUGAGAAUCUGAAGUUGGAGGGUUGA